AUGAGUAACGUAGCAGCACUAGAAGCCGUCUUUACGAACCGGAUUGUCUCAGCGGUCGCAUUAGCCCUGCUUUACUAUGACUUCAUUCUUACAAUCCCACGAGAGGUGGAACGAUACUGGACUGGAAGACUAACAUGGCCCUCACUCCUCUUCUUCCUGAAUCGGUACAUUCCAAUCCUCGGCCAGAUUCCUGGGAUCGUCGAGUCUUUUGGGGUCCUAUCAGAGUCUCAGUACGUCCCACCCCGCACUUCCGUCUUCACAGUGGGCUUCGCCGCUGCGCUGACGCUCCUUCGGACGUACGCCUUGUACGCACGAGACCGCCGCGUCCUCGUAUUGCUCCUCGGGCUCCUUGACAUAGGCUUGUGCGUCAGUGUGUGGGUACUCGUGGUUGGGCGGAGGGCAAGGAACCCAACGAUCGCGCCCUCAGCAACGCUCGCGCAUGCGGGAUGCAUUCUAGUGCUAUCCCAAGAAGAGGGAAACGACCUCGCUAUCGCGUGGAGCGCUAUCAUGGUCUUCGACGUCGCUGUGUUUGUUUUGACGGUCCUGCAUGCGCUCCAGGUCCGAGAUACCUGGUGUGGGGGCUAUUUCGGUGUGAUACUCCGAGACAGUACAGGUUACUUUGCGAUUCUCUCACUCUUCUACCUGGCCAACAUUCUAUCAUAUACGCUGGCACAGCCCAUGUACAAGAACAUCAGCACUAAUAUCACGAACGUCGUCUCCACCACACUCAUUACCCGUCUCAUGCUCAACAUCCGCGAUCCCGAGCUGCGGGGGCCAGGCCGACUUUCUGCUCGCCGGACGAGGCGUGUUGACACACUUACUCCUACCGCUCCAGGCGCGUCGUUUCCAGCUUAA